GGCGUGCAGUUCCAUCAAAUAUACACCAUCUCCACUUUCAAUACUUGCAUAUACCAUACUAUCUAAAACCAUUUUCAAGUAUGGCACAAUCUUUGUUAUUCACAGUGAAGAGAUGUGCCCCUGAAUUGGUCACUCCAUCGAAUAAACGCCAUUUCCACUAUCAGUACUUACAUAAACAAUACCAUCAAAAACCAUUAUCAAGUAUUGCCCAAUCUGUGCUAUUCACAUUGAAGAAGCCUGCCGCUGGAUUGGUCACUCCAUCCAAUAUACACCAUCAAAAGUCAUUUUCAAUUCUGGCCCAAUGUCUCAUAUUCCCAGUCAAGAAGCGUGCUCCUGAAUUAGUUACUCCAUCGAAACCAACACCUCGUGAAGUAAAAUUACUAUCCGACAUCGAUGACCAAGAUCUGUUACGUGUACAAGUUCCCCUGAUACAGUUCUAUAACUAUGAUCCAAAUAUGAAAGGAAAAGACCCUGUUGAUGUUAUUCGAAAAGCACUUGCGAAAACGCUCGUGUUUUAUUAUCCAUUUGCAGGUAGGUUGAGAGAAGGAGCUGGUAGGAAACUUAUGGUUGAUUGUACUGGAGAAGGUGUUUUGUUCAUUGAAGCUGAUGCCGAUGUUAGUCUUAAAGAUUUCGGUGAUAAUCUUCUUCCUCCAUUUCCGUUUCUGGAUCAAGUUCUUUAUGAUGUUCCUGGUUCUUCAAACAUGCUUAACGCUCCAUUGAUGCUUAUUCAGGUAACACGCCUCAAGUGUGGUGGUUUCAUAUUUGCUAUUCGUGUGAACCAUACAAUGAGUGAUGCAACAGGUAUAGUUCAAUUCAUGAAUGCCUUAGCAGAAAUAUGUCGUGGAAUGAAUGAACCUUCAAUCUCACCGGUGUGGCGCAGAGAACUUCUAAGCGCAAGGAACCCACCGAGAGUGACAUGUGAUCACCCCGAACUCGAACAAGCACCUGAUAAGAAAGGAACCGUCAAUGGGAUAUCCUUAGACAACAUGGUCCCACGAACAUUCUUCUUUGGUCCCAACGAGGUAGCCACAAUUCGGUCUCUCCUUCCAACCAACCAACAACAACAGUACACCAAAUUUGAAAUCAUCACCGCUUUUCUUUGGCGUUAUCGUACAAUAGCGUUACAACUAGAUUCAAACGAAGAAGUUAGUAUGUAUUUCGCAGUCAAUGGACGUAGCAAAUAUGUAAACCUACAAUUACCAAAUGGUUACUAUGGUAAUGUUGUUGGAAAUCCUGCUAUUGUUACAACAGCAGGCAAAAUUGUUGAAAAUACGUUGGGGUAUAUGUAUGCAUUGAAUUUAGUUAAGAAUGCAAAAGCUAAGGUCACCAAAGAGUAUAUGCAUUCAUUGGCAGAUUUAAUUGUUAUCAAGGGUCGACCUCUGUUUACUCAAAGGAAAUUUAUGUUUAUUGUGUCUGAUACUACACGAUUGGGAUUUAGAGAUGUCGAUUUUGGUUGGGGAAAAGCUAUUUAUGGAGGACCGGCUAUCGAAUCUCCUUUUCCUGGUAUUUUUAGCUUGUAUAUACCUUUUACAAAUGCUAAAGGAGAGGAAGGUUUGGUUAUAACACUUUGUUUGCCAAAACAAGCCAUGGAGAGGAUGGUGAAAGAACUUGAUAGUGUGCUUAAGGUAAAAAGUAACCAAUCUACAAACGGUGAUGCAAAUUAAUCUGGUAUCAUUAAAUCUUGGUUGCAGUUGUUUUUAGAAUUUUCCUUG